CGCCCCGGAACUACCGGACCGCCAGGAACCACCGGACCCCCAACCGAGGCGGACCGACCCAGACUCACCGGAACCACCGGACCCCCAACCGAGACGGACCGACCUGGACCCACUGGACCCCCCAACCGUGGUGGACCGACCCCAAUCCACCGGAGCUACCGGACCCUCCGGAGCCACGCAGGGACACAAAGGCAGACCCCGGCCCGCGCGCUGGGUCCGGUUCAGGCUGAAAACCGGGAAAAGCUGCUGCUCGUUUCCUCUGAGAGCCUGGGUUCGUAGCCAGCAGCGGUUAAUGGGCUCCGUGUGAUGGCCUGAGGAUGGGACAGGGGGCUGCUGGAGGCCGCCGCGGCCCUGGAGGCUGAUGACCCGUCAGGAUGCACAUCGCCUCAGUCGCCGUCAGCAAGCUCUGCUUCCUCUUUGCUGUGGCCUUCUGCUGCCUGCUCCUCCUGCUCAUCCCGGCCCUCAACCCCACCCGCUGCCGGGUGGAGCGGCCCCCGCCCCGGCCCCGGGCCCCGCCCCGGGCCCAGCUCAGACCUGCCCCAGCAACCUGCCACACCCUGGUCCCAGCAGCCUCUGGGGGUCCAGACUCAGCCACAGGGGGGCAAACGGGACCCCCCAGGACCAGCGCUGGACAGCCCAGAGCCCAGCCAGGGGGGGGCCCAGGACAGGGGGACAGCCCCGUUUCAAACUUCAGGACGGCGGAGCUGCUGGAGCUGAAGGACAUUUUCAUAGCAGUGAAGACCACCAGGAAGUACCACAAGUCCAGACUGGAGCUGCUGAUCCAGACCUGGGUGUCCCAAGCCAAGCAGCAGACCUACAUAUUCACAGAUGGGGAAGACAAGGAGCUGCAGAGCAGAACGGGAACCAUCAUCAUCAACACCAACUGCUCAGCCGCUCACAACCGACAGGCUCUGUGCUGCAAGAUGUCUGUGGAGUAUGACAAGUUCAUCGAGUCUCAGAAGAAGUGGUUCUGCCAUGUGGAUGAUGACAACUAUGUGAUUCUGCCCAGCCUGCUCCGGCUGCUGUCCUCCUACCACCAUUCCCAAGACAUCUACCUGGGCCGGCCCAGUCUGGACCACCCUAUAGAGGCGGGUGAGAGGGUGAAGAGUGACGGAUCCGUGUCUGUUAAAUUCUGGUUUGCCACAGGGGGCGCAGGUUUCUGCAUCAGCCGAGGACUGGCUCUGAAAAUGAGCCCAUGGGCAAGUUUGGGGAAUUUCAUCAGCACGGCGGAGAAGAUCCGGCUGCCGGACGACUGCACCAUCGGCUACAUCAUCGAGGCGCUCCUGGAGGUGCCCCUGACCCACACCCUGCUCUUCCACUCGCACCUGGAGAACCUGCAGAAGCUCCCCGCCGACACCGUGCUCCAGCAGGUGGGUGAGCCGCCGGAAUGGUGGGGGGAGGGUGUGGAGUGGGAGGGGGGGGGGGCGUCGCUGCUGGAGGCUCAUCCUGGGUGUUGGGGUGUGGGCUCUCACCAGGUGACUCUCAGUUACGGAGGCCUGGAGAACAGGAGAAACGUGGUCAGUGUGGGGGGAGGCUUCUCGCUGGCUGAGGACCCCACCAGGUUUAAGACGGUCCACUGCCUCCUGUAUCCCGAUACUGAGUGGUGUCCAAAGUCCAAAGCUGGGUCCUGAAGCCUGGCGCCCCGCGUCUGGAGGUCAGAGCCCCCCCGGCAGCCCCUCCCCUCAGCCGGCCCGCUGGAGUCCCCACCGGUCAGCAGGGGCUCACCCAUCCUGGUCAGCUCCCGCUUGGUGGCGUACACAGACUCUCCCAGCUUUCUGACCAAAGUUCAGAAAAGUACUACUCCUAAAAUAUUCAGCAGUUUUUUGGUUGUUUGUUUUUAACAAAAACGGCUGCGUCUGAGCUCCUGUUUGGGUGUCCAUGCCUUCUGUUUUGAACUUUGGUCUUCUGCCUCUCAUUAGAUGAUGUUAGUGUGAAAGUAGAGUUCUAUUACCCGUACCUCCAUGCAGUAUUACCCUGUUCAGUUUAUCUUAGAGCUGAAAUGUGAAGAAGCAUCUGUUUCUAUCCAGAUGAUUUUGUAUUAUUAAGAAGAACCCAAAAAGCUUUGAAAUGUCCAUGAGAAGGAUAAAAAGUAGAGCGGUACUGAGGCUGCUAAACUGAGACUAGACUGUGGAGGCAACACUCCUGCUCCUGCUCCUCUCUGCUUUGGGGACUUGCACUACUUGGAUUGUGUCCCCGGCCGUAGUCAGCUUAACCUGGUGUGUUUUUCUCUGCGUAGCUGGUAGCCUUAGCUCAGCCAGAGACAGGGUUAGGGCCCAUGUGUAAAUGUUUGGGUGGGUUCCACAGAUAAAGUGGGAAGUAAUGGGAGAUAACACACCUGCAGAGCUACGUGUUUGGACCAUACCAGUUCAUUUGUUUGUUUUGUGUGACUGGUGAGUGGGCUCAGGGUGCCCCCCCCCGUCUUGGUGCUGAUGGCGCUAAAGCUUUGGCCUCCGGUUGGUGUGUUGGGACAUAAGUCCAGACUCCUCCUGAUGCUGGGGACGGGUUAGAGCUAACACCGCCGUCCCUCUCUCUGCCUCCACCCACUCAGCUUCCAUACAGCCUACAGAUAUGUUUGUGUAAUGCACCACAAGACCGAUUUUGCACAAAAGACUAGAAUCCAAAAGCUCGUGAGCACUGCAGGUCAGUGAACACGUUUUCUAUGUGAACUCUGAUGAACUCUGUUUCACAAAGAAUAAAGUUUGACUACCUUCCAGUGUUUCAGGUGCUGUCUUCUAGACUUGAUGCGAAUUGAA